AUGAUCUCCUCCUCGCCAUCCGCCGCCGCGCUGCUAUGCGCCUCUCCCAAUCACCCUCCUGCCGCUGCCCCAGACAUUCCCUCUCAGUCGCCGUUCUUUGACGCCCAUCGUGCAGCAGCGCCGCCGCCGCCCCCUCCUGCUGCUGCUGCUCGCUCGCCUGCCUCGUCCCGCCUGCCCCGUCCCGACGCUCCCUGCGUGCGUAGCAUUCCCGUCAGACAGGAGAUACAGGUUGCCCUCCGCCGCCAGACCGUCGAUGCCGGUACCCAGUACUCCCGUCCCGCCAGCCCAGCUGAACGAGUGGUGCCCCUUGCCCACCAGCAGCCCUCGUCCCGCGAAACAGCUGCUGUGACCGACAAUUCCACCUCACUCUCUCCCCCCACCACCGCCACCACCACCACCACCAGCAGAACCACCGCUCUCAGUGGCGAGCUGCCCUCGUCUGACGUCCAAUCGACCCAAGCCUCUGCAUCGCCUGAGCCUGGCUCACGGAUGCCCUCAGCCACUGCGGGAACUAAACGUAGCACGCCGGACACACGGGCAGCGGCGAGUUGCAAGGCGACGAGAUCGAACGCCGGCGAAGACGGCCUACCCGACGGCUCCAUACCAAAACGGCCCAGGCCAGAGCAGUUGGCGCCCAAAGUUCUCCCUCGGCAGUAUGAAAAUGCCGAUUCGCGAGACCUGGUCGUUCUCAUCUCCAGCAUGCUCAUGGAGCUGAUCAGAUUCAACGACCAGAUCCCCCUGCGCGAUGGUCGCCUCACACGCUUCCACUCGCGCUCUCCUCCGCGCAUCUCCGUCCAGGACUACCUGCAGCGUCUGACCACCCACGCCACUCUCUCGCCUCCCGUCCUUCUGAGCAUGGUCUACUACAUCGAUCGACUGUGCGCUCUGUACCCCGCCUUUACGGUAUCUAGCCUCACCGUCCACCGAUUCCUCAUCACCGCGGCGACUGUUGCAAGCAAGGGUCUAAGUGACAGCUUCUGGACAAACAAAACGUAUUCCAGGGUUGGCGGUAUCACUAUCGCAGAACUGGCUUUGCUGGAGCUCGAAUUCCUCUGGCGGGUGGAAUGGCGGAUAGUUCCCCAGCCAGAAGUGCUGGUCGACUAUUAUCGAAGCCUCGUCGAGAGGUGCGAUGAGUAUGUGUUGGAGCCAGAGAACAAUACCGGCCAGUGA